UAUAAAACUUAAAGUUUCACUAUUUAACAGUUCCGUCUUAAUUAACGAUAGCGAAAGCGGACAAGGACACGACUCGAUUUACGGCAGUCUCGAUCAUGGCUGCUAAGCAUGCUUAUUUGUUGGCCACCAAAUUUCCUCCUUCCAGAUCACUUUUUAGGGCAUUUUCUUCCCAGUCAAACAAAUGCCAGGAUAUCUUAACAAUACCAUUAUCGUCCCCUGUGCCUCAUGUUCCUGAUGGGAAAUAUGCUAGGGUAUCAGGUGAAAAGCAAGAGACUAAAGUUUCAGUUCUGAACAAUGGACUGCGAGUAGCAUCUCAAGAUAAAUUUGGUCAGUUUUGUACAGUUGGUGUGGUUAUAAACUCUGGCUCUCGAUAUGAAGUGGCUUACCCAAGUGGCAUCUCACAUUUUACUGAGAAGAUGGCUUUUAUGUCAACUGCCAAAUUCAAAAACCGAGACGAUAUUCUGCAGGAACUUGAGAAACAUGGUGGAAUCAGUGAUUGUCAAGGUUCCAGAGACACACUGAUCUAUGCCAUGUCGGCUAAAACUGCCAGUCUUCCAUCUGUUAUUGACAUUCUGUCAGAAGUGGUUUUAAAACCAAGACUUACUCAGGACGAGUUGGAAGAUGUUAGGUGUAUGAUCAACUUUGAACUUGAAGCUUUAAAUAUGAAACCAGAACCAGAACCACUGUUAAUGGAAUAUAUCCAUUCUGCUGCUUUUCAAAAUAAUACUUUAGGUCUGCCCAAGAUUUGUCCAAGCGAAAAUGUUUCCAUCAUUAACAAAGAAUUACUCUACACAUAUCUCCACAAUCAUCAUUCACCUGACCGCAUGGUACUGGCUGGUGUUGGUAUGGACCACGAGGCUCUGGUAGCUUUAGCAGAAGAAUAUUUCCUCAAUGUUACUCCUUCCUGGAGUGAAGACAUGUCUUUAAUUAAACCCACCAAUGGUGCAGACAAAUCUAUAGCACAGUACACUGGAGGCCUUGUCAAGGUUGAGAAAGACUUGUCUAAUGUCAGUUUAGGACCCACACCUAUGCCAGAAUUGGCUCAUUUUGUCCUGGGUCUUGAAAGCUGUUCUCACAAAGACGAUGACUUCAUUGCUUUCUGUGUGUUGAACAUGCUGAUGGGAGGUGGCGGUUCAUUCUCAGCUGGUGGCCCUGGAAAAGGCAUGUACACACGACUCUACCUCAAUGUUCUGAAUAAACAUCAUUGGAUGUUCAAUGCUACAGCCUACAACCAUGCUUACGAUGACACUGGUCUCUUUUGUAUUCAUGCCAGUGCACAUCCAUCACAACUGCGCCAUGUUGUUGAAGUCAUUCUUCGAGAAAUGGUUCUAACUGCUGGUUCAGUAAGUGAGGAGGAAUUAAAUAGAGCCAAGACUCAACUCCAGUCCAUGUUGAUGAUGAAUUUGGAAGCUCGUCCUGUUGUCUUUGAAGAUGUAGCACGUCAAGUUUUAGCAAACGACCACCGCAAACCACCUCAGUAUUUUUACGAUGAAAUCAGCAAAAUCACUGCUCAAGAUAUCCAACGUGCAGCUUCCCGAAUGCUCACCAGCAGACCAGCAAUAGCAGCCUAUGGCUCUUUGAAUAAACUGCCAAGUUAUGAAGACAUCCAAGAAGCUCUUUUAACUAAAAAUGGACGAAUGACACAGAGAUUUUCAUUAUUCCGUUGAUCCAGUUUUUCUCUCAGGACUUUCUUAAAAUUGGCAUUAACCAAUUGACAACAAACAUAGAGCAAAGAAAGACAUUUCUAGACAGACUGUUUUGAUUUAUUAAAUUGUGAUAUAUUCUAA